AUGAAGAUCGUGGCAGCUGAUGAUCAGCCAAGGAGGGGCAGGAGGUACGCGCUGCUGCUGGCGGCGCGGGACUCGGAGUACGUGCUCAAGGCGUACGGCGGCUACUUCAACGUCUUUGUGAGCGCCUUCGGCGGCGGCGGCGGCGAAGACGGCGACGUCUGCGAGACGUGGGACAUGUUCCGGGCGGUGGACGGGGAGCUCCCCGACCUGGACGACGUCGGACGAUACGACGGCUUCGUCAUCAGCGGCAGCCCUUACGACGCGUACGCCGACGAGCUGUGGAUACUGCGGCUGUGCCUCCUCGUCCGGGAGGCCGUCGCGGCCCGGAAGCGCGUCCUUGGCAUCUGCUUCGGCCACCAGGUGGUAUGCCGCGCUCUGGGCGGCCGCGUCGGGAAGGCCAGGAGAGGCGGGUGGGACAUCGGUAUCCGGGAGGUGGCCAUUGCGGCAACGCUGCCGCCGUGGAGGUUCCUCGACGCGCUGCAGGACCUGCCCCAGUACGCCAAGAUCACCGAGUGUCACCAGGAUGAGGUCUGGGAGGCGCCGCUGGGCGCCGACGUGCUGGCGUCAUCGGACAAGACCGGCGUGGAAAUGUUCUGCGUCGGCGACCACGUGCUGGGCAUCCAGGGCCACCCGGAGUACACCGGUGACAUACUCCUCAACCUCGUCGACCGCCUCUCCACCAGCCAAGCCAUCACCGUGUCGUUCGCUGAGGACGUGAAGAGGCAGUUGGAGGCUACUAGCGCUGACAGGGAGUUCUGGCUCAAGCUCUGCAAAAGCUUCCUCAACACUGAAGAAUUCGAUUCUCCAAGAAUUCAGCUCAUUGAUAAUGUUCUCAGCGACCUUCAGGAAGUGGUUGGAGAAAGUGACCACACUGGAUCUGUGCCAGAAGUCAAUGUAUUCGCGCAACACCUCGGUGCCCGGGUUGCGCUUGAGAAGAGUGACCCAUUUUCUAUUGGUGAGUCCUUCAGCCAACGAUAUUCUUCUGUUUUUGCUAUGCUUGAAAAGGUUAGGAAACGAAACAGCUGGAAUCUCACCGUUGAGCCAGUGAUCGUGCCAAAAGGAUAUCUUAAUACCACUACCAAUUUUGAUGGAGGUACAAGCAAUGAAAAGAGCCUUAACGUGCUUGUCAACAGGGAGCUGCAGACCUUGCCAUGGUUUAUCCGGAUCUGUGAUGCUUUGCCAAAGCCAGCUACUUUAAGCGCCCGCCCCUGA